GGGCGCAUCCGUGGUCUUAAGGUCUGUCAUGCACCCCUAGAUUAUCAUCUCACUAAAUCCAAGGUCCCACCGAUCGCGACGACCGACUCGGAUAUGACUAACCUAGACAUAAUUGGUCUGCGGUUUGGAACAUGUUUCUAGAUCAUGAUGUUGGCGCACUGUAAGCCAAAUCUCCGACGAAUAAGGUUUAGAACGAUAUAUAAGAUUCUAAAUGCUGCGGAAAGCUAACUCAGUGUCAAUAAAUACUUACGAAUGCCCAUUGUUCUGGCAAGCCUAUCUGCUCCCUUCCGAUCUUCGUCCAUUUUAACUCAAUAUGUCCUCCCCACUUGAGAUUGCACUGCGUCUUCAGACUGUCAAGGUCUUUGACUACUGUACCGAACUAGAAACCGAGGUGGGUGGGAUUUUAUUCGGAAUCCUUUUCGCGGUGGCUCGAUAUACACCUUUCGUUGACGUCCCAGUGGACUUGAUUUAUUCUCUUGGACCCACGUCAUCACAAGUUUGCUUAUCGCUUUACCAAGUCGGCUCGUGGUUUAACAUAAUUGGCACUGUUGCCGCAGAAUCACUUCUUCUUGUUAGGACGUACACGUUAUGGGGAAGAAACAGAGUGUUACUUGUUUCCCUACUACUACUUGCGCUGGGCUGCAUCGCAGGAUCUGCGGUGGUCGGUGCCAAGGCUUUAUCCUGGUUUCAAUACCAGGAUCCCCCACUAGGAACUUCUGGUUGUUAUCAAAGUCAAAGAAUUGCAAUAUACGCAGUUGACUAUGCCCUGUUGGUUCUUUUUGAGACAGGUCAUGUUUUGUUUUCUUGUGGAGUUACUAAAGCUGAUCUUACACAUAGUCAUACUAUGUCUCAAUGUGUUCCAAGCGUGGUAUCGCCGAGGACGACAGAGGAGCCGUCUCAUUGCGCGUCUGUACUUGGAUGGUAUAGUUUAUGUGUUGUGUAUACUAGCAAUGUCAACAGCCAACAUCAUAGUCAUAGGUUUCCUUCCGUCAGAAUACGCAGAUUCUCUGAACACACUCCAGAUGGUGUUUCACAGCGUUUUAUCCUCCCGCCUUCUUUUCAACUUACGAGCCAUCAUGAAACAACAACAUGAGCAAGCCAUCUCCCAGUCAGUUAUGGAAAUGGUCUCGGGUGAUCAGUUCGGAUAUGACUCGGAUGUUUCCUUGCGCUAAAUAUCUCGACCCAUACAAUCCAUUUAUGUAAAAUCAGCUUCUUGAGAGCAAUACUAGUACAGUUGACAUCAC